GAAGCGCGCGUUUUUCUCUGGCUGGACACCUGGCCGGGAGAUUGGGACCGGCAAGCGGCUGGGAGGUUUUAGCGCGCGGCGUUGCAGGCGCUGUGAGGAGGGCACCCGGUUCCGGAGUGUGUGUCCAGCCAUGCCGGCGCAGCGCCCCGCGAGCAGCGGCGGGUCCGUAGCUCCAGAUAUGGUUGAACAGCCGGAGACUGCCGUGAUUACCCCAGCCAUGGUAGAGGAGGAAGAACAGCUUGAAGCUGCUGGGCUAGAGAGAGAGAGGAAGAUGCUAGAAAAGGCUCGCAUGUCUUGGGAUAGAGAGUCCAUGGACAUUCGAUAUCGUAGACUUCAGCAUUUGCUUGAAAAAAGCAAUAUUUACUCCAAAUUUUUAUUGACUAAAAUGGAACAGCAGCAAUUAGAGGAACAGAAGAAGAAAGAGAAAUUGGAGAGAAAAAAGGAAUCUUUAAAAGUUACUAAGGGUAAAAAUUCCAUUGAUGCAAGUGAGGAGAAUGCAGUUAUGAGAAAGAAAAGAGGAAGAGAAGAUGAAUCAUACAAUAUUUCAGAGGUCAUGUCAAAAGAGGAAAUUUUGUCUGUGGCUAAGAAAAGUAAAAAGGAGAAUGAGGAUGAAAGCUCCUCUUCUAAUCUCUGUGUAGAAGAUCUUCAGAAAAAUAAAGAUUCAAAUAGUAAAAUUAAAGAUAGAUUAUCUCAAACGGUUAGGCAAAAUACUAAAUUCUUUUUUGACCCAGUUCGGAAAUGUAAUGGACAGCCAGUACCCUUUCAGCAACCAAAACACUUCACAGGAGGAGUGAUGCGAUGGUACCAAGUGGAAGGCAUGGAAUGGCUUAGGAUGCUUUGGGAAAAUGGAAUUAAUGGCAUUUUAGCAGAUGAAAUGGGAUUGGGAAAGACGGUUCAAUGCAUUGCUACAAUUGCAUUGAUGAUUCAGAGAGGAGUACCUGGACCUUUUCUCGUCUGUGGCCCUUUGUCUACACUUCCUAACUGGAUGGCUGAAUUCCAAAGAUUUACACCAGAAAUUCCUACUAUGUUAUAUCAUGGGACCCAGCAAGAACGUCGAAAAUUGGUAAAGCAUAUUCACAAACGGAAAGGGACAUUGCAGAUUCAUCCUGUGGUGAUCACUUCAUUUGAGAUAGCCAUGAGAGACCGAAAUGCAUUACAGAAUUGCUACUGGAAAUACUUAAUAGUAGAUGAAGGACACAGGAUUAAGAACAUGAAGUGCCGCCUAAUCAGGGAGUUAAAACGAUUCAAUGCGGAUAACAAGCUUCUUUUGACUGGUACUCCUUUGCAAAACAACUUAUCAGAGCUUUGGUCAUUGCUGAACUUUUUGUUGCCAGAUGUAUUUGAUGACUUGAAAAGCUUUGAAUCUUGGUUUGAUAUCACUAGUCUUUCUGAAACUGCUGAAGAUAUUAUUGCUAAAGAAAGAGAACAGAAUGUAUUGCAUAUGCUGCACCAGAUUUUAACACCUUUCUUAUUGAGAAGACUAAAAUCUGAUGUUGCUCUUGAAGUUCCUCCUAAACGAGAAGUAGUUGUUUAUGCACCACUUUCAAAGAAACAAGAGAUCUUUUACACAGCCAUUGUGAACCGUACAAUUGCAAACAUGUUUGGAUCCAGCGAGAAAGAAACAGUUGAGCUGAGUCCCACUGGACGACCAAAACGGCGAACUAGAAAGUCAAUAGAUUACAGCAAAAUAGAUGAUUUUCCUAAUGAAUUGGAAAAACUCAUCAGCCAAAUACAGCCAGAGGUAGACCGAGAAAGAGCUGUUGUGGAAACAAAUAUCCCUAUAGAAUCUGAAGUUAAUCUGAAGCUGCAGAAUAUAAUGAUGCUACUUCGUAAGUGCUGUAAUCAUCCAUAUUUGAUUGAGUACCCUAUAGACCCGGUCACUCAAGAGUUUAAGAUUGAUGAAGAGUUGGUAACAAAUUCUGGGAAAUUCUUAAUUUUGGAUCGAAUGCUGCCAGAACUAAAAACCAGAGGUCAUAAGGUGCUGCUUUUUUCACAAAUGACAAGAAUGUUGGACAUUUUGAUGGAUUACUGUCACUUUAGAAAUUUCAACUUUAGCAGGCUUGAUGGAUCCAUGUCUUAUUCAGAGAGAGAAAAAAAUAUGCACAGCUUCAACACAGAUCCAGAUGUGUUUAUCUUUUUAGUGAGUACACGAGCUGGUGGUCUGGGCAUUAAUUUGACUGCAGCAGAUACUGUUAUCAUUUAUGAUAGUGAUUGGAACCCCCAGUCUGAUCUUCAGGCCCAGGAUAGAUGUCAUAGAAUUGGUCAGACAAAGCCAGUUGUUGUAUAUCGUCUUGUUACAGCAAAUACUAUUGAUCAGAAAAUUGUGGAAAGAGCAGCUGCUAAAAGAAAACUGGAAAAGUUGAUCAUCCACAAAAAUCAUUUCAAAGGUGGUCAAUCUGGAUUAAAUCAAUCUAAGAACUUUUUAGACCCUAAGGAAUUAAUGGAAUUAUUAAAAUCUAGAGAUUAUGAAAGGGAAGUAAAAGGAUCAAGAGAGAAGGUCAUUAGUGAUAAAGAUCUGGAGUUGUUGUUAGAUCGAAGUGAUCUCCUUGAUCAAAUGAAUGCCUCAGGACCAAUUAAAGAGAAGAUGGGGAUUUUCAAGAUACUAGAAAAUUCUGAAGAUUCCAGUCCUGAAUGUUUGUUUUAA